AUGCUGCCUAUAUUUGAUAAUUAUGGGGACAAUGAAGAAGAAGAGAUCACAUGGAGUGACCAUGGAGAGUCCUUGGUGAUUCGAAGGAUAAUGAAUGCUGCCAAGGUGGAGGAGAACUCAGAUUGGCUUCGGAAUAAUAUAUUCCAUACCAAGUGUACCUCUCAUGGAAAG